UAAUCGAUCCUCAUUCACAGAGUAAUUACAUAAACAAUCAGGGAUGCAAACGUCACUGAUAAUUAGUUACAAUUACCUCAUUAAAUCUGAAUCACCAAUGAUGUUUGUUGUAAGAAAUUUGUACUGUCAGUUGUGCUUACUGCUUAAGUUAAAAUGCUCGUUAGCUUAUCAGUUUCUCAAAUGAACUUUAUCACUCUACUUAUAACUUAUGAGAGAAGACUUGAUAACUACUUAAUAUAUAUACACCACGAAGGAGAAUGUUUUCGGCCAUUCGUAUUCUUUAGUUCAUUCAAGUUAGUCUUCGCUCAGAACUCUCGCAAUAUAUUUUGAUCGCUACACUCGGGCUUGAAUUAUAGUCGAAAAAUAUGGAUGCUCUUAAAAAAGGCUGGUUCAGUGAAUUUUCCGAACUUUGGCCAGGAUAUGUGCUCUCAUUGGAAGUAGAGGAAGUUUUACACGAGGAAAAAUCAAAGUAUCAAGAUCUCCUGGUUUUACAAACGAAAACAUAUGGCAGGGCUUUGAUCCUCGAUGGAGCAAUCCAAUGCACCGAAAGAGACGAGUUUUCUUAUCAAGAGGGAAUCGCAUUUCUGCCACUCUGUUCUCACCCGAAUCCCGAGAACGUUUUGAUAAUCGGUGGGGGUGACGGCGGCGUAGCACGUGAGGUGGCCAAGCAUCCAAAUGUAAAAAGUAUAACCCAAGUAGAAAUCGACGAGUCUGUUCUUUCGGCUGCCAGAAAAUAUUUGCCCUUCAUGGCCGUGGGGCUGGACAAUCCAAAGGUAAAAUUAUACGUCGGUGAUGGUUUCCAGUUCAUGAAGAACCAUAAAAAUGAGUUCGACGUUAUUAUAACCGACAGCAGUGAUCCCAUAGGACCAGCGGAAUGUCUGUUCGAAGAAUCUUACUUUAAAUUAAUGAGCACAGCUCUGAGAUCUGGAGGAAUAAUAUGUAGCCAAGGUGGGACAGCUUGGGCAAAUUUGGACAUCGUUGAACGAACGUUGCAACAUUGCAGAUCUGCGUUUGCAAAAACUUCGUAUUGUGUUGUUGCAGUUCCGACUUAUCCGACUGGACAAAUAGGUUUUAUCAUGGGAAGUUUGAAUCCAGAGACUAACUUCAACGAACCUGUAAAAACAUUCACUGAUAAUCAAUUAGAUGAUAUGAAUAUGCGAUAUUACAGUGCGGAUGUUCAUCGCGCUGCUUUUGUGUUACCAAGAUUCAUUGAAAAAUCAUUAAAAAUUUGUGGAAAUAAUUGAAAUAAAAAUUGACAAAAUAUCAUCUAUCUCACAAUUGUAUAAGCUUUACAAUAAAACAACAUAAAAAUUUGGCAAAAAUUGCUUAAUGUUAGUGUUUUUUUGUCAAUUUUUUUUUAUUUAUAAGUAUAUAAAUAAUACAGUAUAUAUUCUUAUUUUUUAAACUAAUUUUUAAUUAAUAUUAUUAAUAUUAUUUUUUUGAUUGGCAAUUCAUUGUAACAUUCCACGAUAAUAAUAUACAUAUACAUGUAUAAUGUAUAUAUGUAGAGGUAUUUAUAUGCGUGUAUAUAUAUUCAUAAUAAAACUUGAUCGCGAUUCGCUAAAAA